AUGGAAGAGGUCGAGGAGACUAAACCUCAAAAGAGGCAAUACGAAAGAGUGACUCUCGAAACAGUGAUUCCUCCAUUACCUCCUAAAUCAGAAAGAAUUCCAGCCCCCGAUGAGCAAAAGCUUGAACGAGAAGUGAAAGCCAUAGAAAGAGAAAUUGAAAAACUAAAAGCUCUAAAAGACGGGAUCCAGGAAGCAAUCACACUUAAAAAAGAAGGAGGAAAAGCUGAAAGCAGAGACGUUUCAGUCAAAGAAGAGAAGAACCUCAAGCUGAACAAUGUCAAAGAUUGGCGAGGAGAACUCAGUCGUUUGCACGAGCGAUUCAAUGUCCUUAAAGAGGAGUACUCAAAUCUCAUUGAAGACAACAAAAGAAUCAAGCCAAAAAUCCAAAUUUUCGACGAAGAUGAUAUUGACAAAACCAUUGAAGAAAUUGAGGUGAAGCUUGAAACCACGACCAUGCCACUUCCAGAAGAAAAAAAGCUUAUACAAAGACUCGGAUUUUUGAGGCAAUCAAGACCUCUUGCUACUGAAUUCAAGGCCAGGUCUGCCAGAAUUGCAGAACUCAAAAAAGAAAAAGAUGCUGUCUGGGCCCAGAUUGAAGGUUUGAAAACCCAAAUGACUGCUGCUAGAUCUGAAAUCGACACUAUUACUGCUAAAAUGAAGGAAAGCAAGGAGAAGCUUAAGGUGGAAAUCCCACAGCUUGUAGAAGAAAGAAAACAGAUCCAAGAAAAAAUCAAAGAACUUAUUGAAAAGAAAAAGCAGGUCAAUGAUGAGUUUUAUGAACAAAAAAGAAAACACAUGGAUCAAAAGCGGCAUAUUGAAUAUAUUGAAAGAGCAACAAAGAUAAAGGAAAGACUGAUUGAACAAGAAGAAAGGAAAAAAGCAGAGGAAGAACGCAAAAAGUUAGAAGAAGAAAAUAAGCCUCACCCGUACGAAAGAGAAAUCACACAGUGCGAAAACUUUAUUUCUUAUCUUCACAGACUUGCUCCAGCUUCAGAGGAGGAAAGCAAAGAAGAGUCGAAAACACAAUCAAACGAAGAAUUCUUGGCUGGAAAAGAGCAAAGAGGGGCUCAAGAAAGUGAACAGUGGUUUGGACAGGCAAAGAAGAAAACCAAGAAAAAGAGAGAAAGAACUAAGAAAAAAGAAGCUGAGCCGCUUUUAGCUCUUCCUAUCGAACUUCUUAAUUUCUUCUCAUUCACAGGAAUCAAAGUCCCUACUAAAUCUGAAGAAAUUCCUGCUACUAUUGAAGAGCUUGAGAAAAAGAGAAACUAUUUCGAGUCAUUAGAAGAAAGAGUAGAAGAAAAAGAAGAAAAAACUAGCUUCCAGUAUGCUAUGAUUGAAGAUCGCCAUUUUUCGAUCAAGAAUUAAAAUUUCUGUAACAGGAAAUUAUUUAGCUUGAAAAAAUUUUUACUCCCCCCCCAUCCUGAUCGAACGAUUGACUGUAAAAAUUCCUAAAAAUUGGGGAAAUUAACCCCCAUCCUUGAUCGAACGAUUUUCAUAUCAUGCAACUUUUAUAUAUAUAAAAAUAUAUUAGUUAUCAAAAGCUUGGGAAGAUGCACCUAAUGAAGUUGUUUUCAGCGACUUUGAGACGACAGAAAGCUGCGAAAUCAACCAUCCGAAGUGAUUUAGUCAUCAAUCUAGGCUUAAAAAAUUAAUAAUCUGAUAAAAUAGAGAUUUCUUUAAAGUUUUAAAAAAAAAAAUUAAUUUAAUAAGGAACAAAUUAAAAUUUAUACAGUUUAAAGGGGUAACUAAUAAAUCAAAAUAUUUAAAAUUGGUAUUUUUAUGAAAUUAAUUAAAUUUUUGCUCUAAAAAUAAUUAUUAAAUACCCUUAACCCUCUUAUUUAAAAGUAAAUAAAAAAAAAUAUAUAUAUUUUUUAUUUUAUAUAUAAAUUGUUUUCCCAAAAAAAUUUUUUUUAACCCCCAUCCUUGAUCGAACGAUGGCGAGUCGUUCGAUCAAGGGUGGGGGGGAGGAGUUAAUAAAAAAAUAAUCUCUAGCCAAAGAGAUAGAGUCUGCAAUAUAUUAGCAAAUACGCUAUAAGAUUCAUUAAAAUUGAAUAGGAAAUUAUAAAGUAUAGGUUAUUAGUAUUCAUUACUAUCAAAUAUAGAUAAUUAAAUUUUAGGGUAGGUGAGGAAUUAAUUUUCCAGAUUUUCAAUGAUUUCGCUCGAUCAAGUAUGAAGGAGAGUAAGGUAAAAGCACAGCCUGAACGCUCAGAAAUUAAAUUCACUGAUUUCCCAGCACCUGUUGAAAGCCAAGUUAAAGAAGAGUAUGGAAUUUUCAAAGAUGAGGGACCUGUACCGAAAAAAGAAGAAACCAAACCCACUCGAGGCAAAAGAAAUUUCAGGAGAGGUAACUAA